AUGCUGCCAACAACCGAUGAGUCCACACAGCAAACCACAACCACGCCCCCUCCCGCCUCAACCUUGGCUACAACUUCCCCGUACAUUCCAGCCAUCAACCGCAAAAUCUACGAUAGAAACUACAGUGUUUGCCACCACAGUGGUACCUUCUACAGAGAAAACAACACAACUAAUGACAACGAUGGAAACAACAGCCUCUCCAAGCACGUCUCCAACGACAGCAGAGACUACACAUCAUGUAACGACCUCAAAAUCUACACAAAUGCCAACAACGACAGAAACUACACGAUCAAUGACGACAGUGAGGAAUACACAGGCUCCAACUGCAAUAGAAGUUACAACGGAGAAAACUACACAGUCUCCAACGACAACAGAAACAACACAACCUGCAACAACCGUAAAAUCUACACAGGUUCAGACAACAGCAAAAACUACACAGGCUACAACUACGGUGGGAAGUACACAACCUCUCACGACAGUGGUAACUACAAAGGCUCAAACCACAACUACAGAACCUGUCACAACGGUGGGAACUACGAAGGCUCCAACCACAGCAGCGGAAACUACACAGCCUCCAACAGUGAUUCAAACAACAGCAAAAACUACACAGGCUACAACAACGGAGAAAACUACACUGUCUCCCACGACAGCAGAAACUACACUGGCGGUAUCAACCAAAACGAAGCCUUCGACAACUACACGCCAUUCAACAACAAUCCAACCUAUCACAACGACAACGGCAAGAACUACAGGGUCUACAACCACAUUGCAACUUACAACGGAGAAAACUACACAAUCUCCAACCACAACAGAAACUACACAUCCUGUAACAACGGUAAAAUCUACACAGACUCCAACAACAACAGUAACUACACAACCCAUAACAACGGUGGAAAAUUCACAAGCCCCAACCGCAUUACAAAUUGCAACGGAGAAAACUACACAGUCUCCCACGACAGCAGAAACUACACACCUUGCAACAACGGUAAAAUCUACACAGAUUCAAACAACAGCAAAAACUACACAGGCUACAACAACGGAGAAAACUACACUGUCGCCCACGACAGCAGAAACUACACAUCCUCUCACGACAGUGGUAACUACAAAGGCUCCAACCACAACUACAGAACCUAUCACAACGGUGGGAACUACACAGGCUCCAACCACAGCAGCAGAAACUACACAGCCUCCAACAGUGGUCGAAACGAGAGAUACAACAUUGGUAAGAACUACACCAUCACCAUCGACAGCAAAAACCACGCAGUCUCCAUCCACAAUGAAAACUACAGCAGAAACUACACUGCUAACAACAACAGUGGAAACUACACGGGCCCUAACCACAGCAGAAAGUACACAGCCUAAAACAACGGCAAAAACUACCAGCCUCUACGACCACACAAGCUAAAAC